UUUAGCAACUUUAUUAAAAUUUGGUAAGGUUGAAAAUGCAUCAAAGUGAACAGGCCCCAAAUUCCCCAAUCACCACGGACGCCUCUCCGCCGAUCGCGGCCUCGCCGGCGGCGGCUCCCCGGGCCCCUUCCUCUGCAGCCAACCAUACACGACCGGCCGCCGCGCCCAUCUCCCCGUUCUCCGGAGCUUCCUCCCCGCGACAGGGCGACACACACGCGCGCGCGCGUAGGAACAGGCUUGUGCCAUGGCCACCGCGCAGUCUUCGGCUUGGUCAGAUCUCCGGCCUGAGCUACUGGACAUUGUGCUCCACCGUCUGCACUCCUUGGCCGACCGGAUUCGCUUCAGAGCCGUGUGCCGACCGUGGCGCCACAUCGCGCUGGCUCAGCCGCUUCCUCCUCUAAUGCCAUGGCUUGCGCUCGGCAAUGGUGAUUUCCUCAUCAUCCCCGAUGGUGAAAUCCACCGCAUGGAUGUUCCGGACAAUGCUUGUUGCCAUGGUUCCUGUGACAAUUGGCUCUUUGUCGUGCACGACAAUGGUCUCUGCUCCUUGAUGAACCCUUUCACCAAGGCUUCAGUUCAGCUACCUAGCCUACCGAAAGUUGCGCCUCACAAUGAGCUGCUCUCUGAUGCCAAGUUUCACAUGACAGUGGUGCCCCCAGCAUCCCUUAACUCACCAUCAGAUCUGCUUGCGGCCGUGCUGAUCAGAGAUUUUCGUGACACCUUAUUUUCCUUUUGCCAGCCACUAAUCAACUCAGGUUCAUUCAAUGGGUGUAGACAAGGGAUGCUAAUAUCUGGCAUUGCAUUCUGUCAUGGCAAGCUUUAUGUUGCUAAUCCAGAUUUCAUGCUAUACAAGUUUGAUCUCGCUGUUAGUUCUGGUGGCAACCGAUAUUCUUCGAUGAAAAAAAUGACUCUACUUAGGGAAGAAUUACAAAUCUGGCCCCAAGACAUACCUUUAUCCAAGGAAGAUUACCAUAUCAUCAGGCGAUAUCUGGUUGAAUGUGAUGGUAGAUUGCUGUUGGUCAGGCGUAGGAUGCAAAUACGCCCAUUUGCAAAAUGUGAUGAUCUCUUGGAGACUGCAUGCACUUGCUGGUUUGAUGUCUUUGAGGCAGACUUCACUGUGCAACCUUGUCAGUGGAGAAGGCUCAACACAUUGGGCCGCAGAGCGCUUUUCAUUGGCAAAUAUUGCUCUAAGUCUGUCUCUUCAGAAGAAUGUGAGGAAGUCAAAGAGGACAGCAUCUAUUUCAUGUGUGACUAUGUGAAGUCAGAUCAAUCUGUUGAUCCUCUUCGUGAUUCAGGUGUGUUCAACAUGAAAACUGGAGCGAUAACGCCAUUGUUGUCGAGAACCAAUGCGGCGCUGCCACGUCAUUUUGGCCGAUGGUGCCUUUCAUGGUUUUUCCCCUCUGAAGCUAGGUAAUUAUCAUCAGAAGCUUUUGAUUGUUCGAGAUUUUCCUUUAGUUGCCUGAGACCUGAGUAAUAAUGUCGCUUCUUGUUAUCUGAAUGAUCAGUUUUAGUGCAUGAACAACUAGUACUUGUCAAGUA